AUUUCCGUGGCACAGGUGAUGCGGGCCGGCGAGGCUCGGCUACAUGCAAAUCCAGAGAGCGCGGUCUGCCUUUCGCUUUAAAAGGUUCGGAUCCCUCCGGUCAUCUGAUCCAGGUCAGCGGGACUUUCCUCAGCAUCAGCCCUGCAGCCCCUCGGCCGGGAGCCCCCCGGCUGUGCAUCCCCACAGGACUGGGAGGGGUUCCAUCAGGCAGCACCGAUUCCUGAUGCCGCCACGGUGCCUCCCACCCCCGCUCCCUCCCCACGGCUCCUGAAACCCCCGGGGCCUUGGUGAGGACGGUGGUGUGGGGCCCUCCCCUUCUGGCAGAGGCCGGCACUGGUCCCCCAUGGGCUACCCUGCAGCAUGAGCACCAACGCUGAGCACUUCCCACCGUGGACCGCCUCUGCGGUGCCCCCCAAUGCCAGCGCAGCCUGGAUGGAAGGGCCGUCGGCGCGGGGCGGGCGGGUGGGCGAGCUGGCAGGCAUGGUGGUGAUCCAGUGCAUCUACGCCCUGGUGUGCCUGCUGGGGCUGCUGGGCAACUCGCUGGUCAUCUUUGUCAUCCUGCGCUACACCAAGAUGAAAACGGCCACCAACAUCUACCUGCUCAACUUGGCCAUCGCCGAUGAGCUCUUCAUGCUCAGCAUCCCCUUCGUGGCCACCUCGGCCGCUCUGCACCACUGGCCGUUCGGCCGGGCGCUGUGCCGCACCGUGCUGGGCGUCGAUGGCCUCAACAUGUUCACCAGCGUCUUCUGCCUGACGGUGCUCAGCCUGGACCGCUACAUUGCCGUGGUGCAUCCGCUGCGGGCGGCCACCUAUCGCCGUCCACGGGUGGCCAAGAUGGUCAACGGGGCCGUCUGGCUCCUCUCCUUGCUGGUAGCCUCACCCAUCCCCAUCUUCGCCGGCACUGCAGUCACCCGUGAUGGCCAAGCGGUGGCUUGCAAUCUGCUAUGGCCUAGCCCAGCCUGGUCGGCGGCCUUUGUGGUGUAUACCACCCUGCUGGGCUUCCUGCUGCCAGUGCUGGCCAUGGGGCUGUGCUACCUGCUGAUCGUGGGCAAGAUGCGGGCCGUGGCGCAGCGGGUGGGCUGGCAGCAGCGCCGGCGCUCCGAGGGCAAGCUGACACGGCUGGUGCUGAUGGUGGUGGCUAUGUUUGUCAUCUGCUGGAUGCCGUUCUACGUGGUGCAGUUGGUCAACCUUCUGCUGCCCGGCCGCCUCGAUGCCACCGUCAACAACGCCUGCCUCAUCCUCAGCUACUCCAACAGCUGCGCCAACCCCAUCCUCUACGGGUUCCUCUCGGAAAACUUCCGGCACUCCUUCCAUGGUGUGCUGCGGCGCUGCCUCGAUGCCAGCCUCUGCUGCUGCCCACCCGAGGCGCGGGCUGUUGGCGAUGAGGAGGACGAGGAAGAGGAAGAGCCCCUGGAUUACCGCGCCGUGCCACGAAAUGACCCCAAGGGCAAGGGCUGCAUGUGCCCACCGCUGCCCUGCCAGCAGGAGCCCGUGCGCCCCGAACCCUGCUGCAAGCCCGGCACCCUCCUGGCAAAGACCACCACCUUCUAAGGUGCCCUCUGCAGCCCUGUAAAUAGGGUGCUGGGUGAGGAGGGCCACACUGCCCUCCCUUUGGGAACAGAAUGCUUUUCCGAUGACUUUGCCCCCAUUUCUGCUGGGGUGUCCCCCUGGCAUUCUCCACUCCUCGACCGCGCUGUGCAGCCUGAUGAAAUAAAAAGCCAUAACGCUGGCCCGUGACACAGCUCCCAGCCUUGGCUGAGUGAUUAUUACCACCAGGGAGCCCCCAGGCUAAUGGCUGGGUUCCACCCCAGGGAGGAUGCAGGAUGGGAGGGCCGAUGGGAGAGGGCCGAUGGGAGAGGCAAUGGGCACAGAGGGGACCCACGUGCUGCCCCUGGGGACAUGAGGUCACCAGCACGGCACGGCCCAGUCUCUGCUUCUGCAUGGGACCCUGCCAGGGUUCCACUAGCAUUUCCCACCAUUUGAUCCGUGUCCGGGCAAAAAAAAGGCCGUGAAAAAAGCCACCUGCCAAAUGGAACUGCAGCUUUGAGUCCUUAGCAGGUGCCCACCCUGAGUCUCUCCCCUCAUCUUACAGAGAAAGGAAAAACUUUCCACAAGGGUCUACAAAUAAAAAAAAUCCCACAUGCCCUCCCCAAAUCCCCAGGCAGAAGGACCAAACCGAUGCUUUCCAGCAGGAAGACUGUGCUGCAGAGAAGCUUCACCCUCAAGGGCACUUUGAGCACAGUUGUGGGAACUGAUGAGCAGCGCUGGAGCUGCACCGAGCAGCGUUAAAUCAGCCAUUUUCAGCUUGUUUGGGUUGAGCGUCGUCCUUUUCGUGUUAUUCCCCUUCUCCACUAUUUCUGGCUCAUUCGUUCUAUUUUAAUGCUGCUAGUGAAGGGCAUGCUUUCAGCACAGCUCUCUGCUAACCAACAGCUCUGCUUUGCUUCUGGGGAGCCUCCGAGCCCCAGCAAGGGGCUGAGAGAUGCCUGCGGGGUGGCGGGGGGGGUCAGGCUGCAAGGAGGGCAGGAAGAACAGCUCGUUCCCAGGUUUCUAUAAAUCAGACAGUAAAAGCUUUAUUGGUCUGCACACAACAUCACGAGGUGAUCGCGCGUGGCAUAGGGUAUAUUUCCAAUAAAUAAAUAAGUAUUUACACAUGUG